UCUAGUCCUGCCUGGCUGGCUCCCCCUCCUACCCAACCCCUCCAGCCCUGCACAACCCUGCGGAGUCUCCCCCUGCCAGGAGGAGAGGCAGGUCCCGCGGAGCGCAGGGCGCCAGGGAGCGACUGUUGACCCAGCCGUGGGCAAACAAGGCGGUCAAUUAUUAACCGGCCGCGCGGCAGGCACCAGGAAACCCGAGCCCGCGGCGCAAGCCGAGCCGGCCCGACGGGAGGCGCAGGGCCAGGGAACCGUGCAGCCUCUGCAGCUGCCGCGGGCUCCGGCCAUGGAGGCAGGAGCUGGAGGCGCAGGUGCCAGAGGGGCAGGGUCAGACACGAAAGGGGGCGGCAGCCCCACCACCCCCCAAAACCCUCGGGGCCCCGCGCAGCCCGUCGCCCCCGAGGACCCCCGGAUUCUCGCGCAGCCUGCCGCCCCCGAGGACCCCCAGAUUUCAGCGCAGCCCGCGUUCCCGCAGCUUCCACUCCGCCCACGGCCCCUGGACGAGGAAGGAGCGCCCAGCGAGGAUGGGGCCGCGGGGGGCAGCGAGCGCGCCCCGGAGGACGCCCCGGCCCAGGCGGCGGGAGAGGCUGGGCCGGGUUCCAAGGCGGCGGCCGGAGGCGCCCACCACAUCGGCUUCGUGGAGGAGCCCCCGCCCUACGCGCCGCCGGACCCCAAGGCCGCGCCGCUGCUGUACCCGCCCUUCCCGCAGGUGCCCGUGCUCCUGCAGCCCACGGCGUCCGCGCUCUUCCCGCCGCCCGCCCCGCUCUACCCGGCCGCGCCCACGCCUCCCGCGCUCUUCCCGCAGCCCGCUGGGGCCGCCUUCCCCUUCCCCGUGUACAAUGGCCCCAUGGCUGGCGUGCCAGGCCCUGCCACAGUCGAGCACAGACCCCUGCCCAAGGACUACAUGAUGGAGUCAGUGCUGGUGACCCUGUUCUGCUGUCUGCUUACUGGCCUCAUCGCCAUCGUGUACUCCCACGAGACCCGCGCAGCCCUGGGCAGGGGCGACCUGGCCCAGGCUGAGGAAGCCUCGAGGAAGGCCCGCUCACUGGUGCUCUUCAGCCUGCUCUUUGGGGUCUUUGUGUCCACCAGCUGGGUCAUCUAUGUGGUGGUGGCACUCUACCUUCCCUGAGGCUGUGGCUCCCACUGAGAUGUCGGAUGCUGGAAUGCCCAGGGAUAACUGACUGGGCCAGACCCUUUCUCUGGACUUGGAUCCCUGCGGGUAGCCAGUUCUCGCCUGCAGAGGGGAUCUGGGGCCAGAGGAGGGCAGGCUUGGCAACCCUCAGCAGACUUGUGGCUGGGCCUAAGCCUCCUCAGCUUCCACAGGUGGCCCACUGGAGCUCAGUCCCUGUCCUAAUCUGAGAUAUCUCCAGAGCCCAGCCCCAGUCGUGGGACAGGGGGCCACCAGAGGUGCCUCCUCUCAAGGCCUUCUUUAGACACUUGCCUUCAUCUGUGCCCCGGGAGGCCCCUGUAGAAACCAAAGCCUUCACUGUCUUCAGAGCCACCUGGAAGGACAUUGCAACCUCUGCCUCCCCGCAACCUCCAGCCCAGCUUAGGCUGUCAGUAUAUCUUUCCCUUUGGGAGAGUGGAGCAUGGUGGCUCCUGCCUGGUUGUUCCCCUACCCCUUCCCCAUCUGUAGGCGGAGCUUGCAGUGAGCUGAGAUCACGGCACUAUACUCCAGCCUGGGUGAGAGUGAGACUGUCUCAAAAACAAAUGAAAAAACGAUUGCAGAGAGAGAGAGGAGGAAGGGGACCCCCAGCUGAGCCACACAAGAUUGACAGCUCAAGCUAAAUCAAUUGCUUUCUGAGCAGCCAUGGUGUGCUGCUUACAACCUGGCACCAGGGGCUAAAAGAGGAGAAUGGCCCAGCUCAGCCCAGCCCCUCCUCCAGAAAGCUGGAGAGGCAGGCAUGAGGAAAUAAGUGAGGAGCAGCCUGGAGACUGUGGAUUCCAGUUCAGCAUGCAGGGCCUGAGGUUCUAGAUUUCUUUUCUUUUUUGAGAUGGAGUUUCGCUCUUGUUACCCAGUCUGGAGUGCAAUGGCGUGAUCUCGGCUCACCGCAACCUCUGCCUCCUGAGUAGCUGGGAUUACAGGCACGUGCCAUCAUGCCCAGCUAAUUUUUUUUGUAUUUUUAGUAGAGACGGUGUUUCACCAUGUUGACCAGGAUGGUCUCGAUCUCUUGACCUCGUGAUCCACCCGCCUCGGCCUCCCAAAGUGCUGGGAUUACAGGCUUGAGCCACCGCGCCGAGCCAUGUUUUGUAUUUUUAGUAGAGAUGGGGUUUCACCAUGUUGACCAGGAUGGUCUCGAUCUCUUGACCUCAUGAUCCACCCACCUCAGCCUCCCAAAGUGCUGGGAUUACAGGCUUGAGCCACCGCGCCCGGCCUUUAGUCUUUUACGUUUUAACUCUUCUGGGAUGUGUGCAGGGGCAUUUCAGUGUGGUUUUAAUUUGCAUCUCUCUGAUGACUAACAAUGUUUAGUCUUUUAUCAUGUUUUUUUUUUUUUUUUUUUUUUUUAAAUACAGACAAGGUUCUCACUCUGUUGCCCCAGGCUGGAGUGCAGUGGUGUGUUCACAGCUCACUGUAACCUGGAAUUCCCGGGCUUAAGCAAUCCUGCUUUGGUCUCCCAAGUAGCUGGGACCACAGGUGUGCACUGCCACAUCUGGCUAAUUUUUAAAUUAUUUUUAUAGAGACAGGGUCUCUCUCAGUCACCCAGGCUGGUCUUAAACUCCUGGCCUCAAACAAUCCUCCUGUCUUGGUCUCCCAAAGCGCUAGGAUUACAGGUGUGAGCCACCUGGCCUAGCCUUUUAUCAUGUUUAUCGGCUAUUUGGAUGUCUCUUUUUAUGCAGUGCCUGUUCAAGUCUUGUGCCAUUUUUAUGUCGACUGUUUUAGAGCAGUUCUGUAUGUAAUUGGGAUGAGUCCUAUGCUAGAUACAGUAUUGCAAACACCCUUUCUCACUUUGUAACUUCCCUUUUCACUUUUUUUUUUUUUUUUUUUUUGAGAAGGAGCCUUGCUCUUGUCAUCCCCCAGCCUGGAGUGCAAUGGCACGAUCUCAGCUCACUGCAACCUCCGUCUACUGGGUUCAAGUAAUUAUCCCGCCUCAGCCUCUAUCCCUUUUCACUCUUAAUGGUGUCAUCUGGUAAAAAGUUCUCAGUUUUUUUUUUUUUUUGAGUCGGAGUCUUGCUCUUGUUGCCCAGGCUGCAGUGCAAUGGCACAAUCUCAGCUCACUGCAAGCUCUGCCUCCCAGGCUUAAGCGAUUCUCCUGCCUCAGCCUCCCGAGUAGCUGGGAUUACAGGUGCCCAUCACCAUGUUUGGCAAAUUUUGUAUUUUUAGUAAAGACAGGUUUUCACCACGUUAGCCAGGAUGGUCUUGAUCUCUUGACCUCGUGAUCCACCCACCUUGGCCUCCCAAAAUGCUUUGUUACAGGUGUGAGCCACCAUGCCCAGCCGUGUUUGUCUAUUCUUGUGCCACUAUCACACUUCAUUAUGUGGCACAAAAAUACUUGACACAUUGUUUUUCUCUAUUACUAAGGUGGGAGUGCAGUGGUGUGAUCACAGCUCACUGCAUCCUUAGCCUCCUGGGCUUAAGCAAUCCUCUCACCUCAGCCUCCCGAGGAGCUAGGACCACAGGUGUGUGCCACCACACUUGACUAAUUUUUUAUUUUUAAAGAUGGAGUCUCCCUAUGUUGCAAGUUUUUUUUUUUUUUUUUUUUAAGACAGGGUGUCACUCUGUUGUCCAGGCUGGAGUAUUGUGGUGUGACUGUCCCUCACUGCAGCCUCAAACCUCGAACUCCUGGGCUUAGGUGAUCCUCCUGUCUCAGUCUCCCAAGCAGUUGGGAUUACAAGCAUGAGCCCCAUGCCCCAAAAUCACUUUUUUUUUUGAGACAGAGUUUCGCUGCUGUUACCCAGACUGGAGUGCAAUGGCAUGAUCUCGGCUCACAGCAACCUCUGCCUCCUGGGUUCAAGCAAUUCUCCUGCCUCAGCCUCCCGAGUAGCUGGGGCUACAGGCGCGCGCCACCAUGCCCAGCUAAUUUUUGUAUUUUUAGUAGAGACAAGGGUUUCACCUUGUUGACCAGGAUGGUCUUGAUCUCUUGACUUUGUGAUCCACCCGCCUCGGCCUCCCAAAGUGCUGGGAUUAUAGGCGUGAGCCACCGUGCCUGGCCACUUUUUUUUUUUUUUUUUUUGAGAUGGAGUCUUACUCUGUUGCCCACACUGGAGUGGGGUGGUGCCAUCUUGGCUCAUUGCAACCUCCAACUCCUGGGUUCAGACGAUCCUCCCACCUCAGCCUCCCAAGUAGCUGGGACUACAGGUGUGCUCCACCACGCCCAGCUAAUUUUUGUAUUUUUAGUAGAGAAAGGGUUUUGCUAUGUUGGCCAAGCUGGUCUCAAACUCCUGACCUCAGGUGAUCUGCCCACCUCAGCCUCCCAAAGUGCUGGGAUUACAGGUGUGAGCCACUGCAUCCAGUCUCAAAUUCACUUCUUAAUUCUGAUCAUUUAUCUGUAGAUUCUGUUGGGUUUUUCUAUAUACAUAAUGUUGUCUCUUUAUAAUGAGUUUUUUGUCUUCCUUUUUUUUUUUUUUUUGAGAUUGAGUCUUGCUCUGUUGCCCAGGCUGGAGUGCAUGGAGUGCAACGGUGCCAUCUAGGUUCACUGUAACCUCCGCCUCGCAGGUUCAAGCGAUUCUCCGCCUCAGCCUCCUGAGUAGCUGGGAUUACAGGUGUGGGCCACCACGCCUGGCUAAUGGUGUGUGUGUGUAUGUGUUUAGUAAAGACCGGGUUUCACCAUGUUGGCCAGGCUGGUCUUGAACUCCUGACCUUGUGACCUGCUCGCCUUGGCCUCCAAAAGUGCCAGGAUUAUAGGCAUGAGCAACUGCACCUGGCCUUGUCGUCCUUUUUCAAUUCUUGCCCACCUUGGGUAUUUUUCUUGCCUUAAUGCACUAGCUGGGACCCCUAGUGUAAGGCUGAAUAGGAGUGCUGACAGAAAACAACCUUGUCGUUUUCCCAGUUUCAUAACGAAGGCUUUCAACAUUUCACCUUAUUAAAAAAGAUUUUUUUUGCAGGUUAUGGAAGUACCCUUGUAUUCCUAGUUUAUAGAGUUUUAAAAAAUUAUACAUGGAUAUUGAAUUUUAUUUUCAUGUAUACUGAGAAAAUUAUCAAAUUUAUUCCAUUAAUAUGGUAACAUGUUGAUUUUCAAAUGUUAAGACAGCUUUUCAUUCCUGGAAUAAAUUCAUCUUAAUGAGCAUGUAUUAUUGUACUUUCUAUACAUCGCUGGCUUUGCUAACAUUUUGUUUAGAACUUUUGCACUAUGUUCACGAGUGAAAUUGGACUGUGAUUUUCGUUCCUGUUACGGUUUCGGUGUCAUAGUUAUGUUGGUUUCAUCACAAAGGUUGAAAUCGUUUCUAUUUUUGUCUUUGGAAGUGUUGUAUAAGAUUUGACGUUUUCUAUUCCUCAAAUGUCUGGGAGAGAGGUGUGUUAGCACUUCCCACUAGGAGCAUAGGUUUAUCCAUUUCUCCUAAUACUGUCAGCUUUUGCUUGACCUAUUUUGAGGACAUGUAAUUAACUAGGUGUUCACAAAUUUAGAAAUUGUUAAAUCUGGUGAGCAUGAUUCGUAUCUUUACAAAGUGUCCCCUUUGUGACUCUAGCAAUGCCUUUUGCCUUCGAGUCUGCUUUUUCUGAUAUUAAUAGAGCUAUGCUUUGGGUUUUUUGGUGGUCCUAUUUGCAGAGUAUAUUUUUUUCCAAAAUUUUACUUUCAACUUUUCUGUACUUGUAACUUAAUAUUUAUUUAUUUAGAGACAGGGUCUCACUCUGUUGCCCGGGCUGGAGCGCAGUGGUGGUGAUCAUGGCUCACUGCAGCCUGGACUUCCCAGGUUUGGGUGAUCCUCCUACCUCAGCCUACCCAGUAGCUCUGGGACUACAGGCACUCACCACUACACCUGGCUAGUUUUUCUAUUUCUUGUAGAGAUAGGGUUUUGCCAUGUUGCCCAGGCUGGUCUUGAACUCCUGGGCUCAAGUGAUGCACCUGCCCCAGCCUCCCAGUGUUGAGGUUACAGGUGUGAGCCACUGUGGCCAGACAUUUUCAUCAUUUUUUUUUUUUUUUUUUUUGAGACAGAGUCUUGCUCUGACACCAGGUGCCAGGCUGGAGUGCAGUGGGGCAAUCUCGGCUCACUGCAACCUCUGCCUCCUGGGUUCAAGCAAUUCUCCUGCCUCAGCCUCCGGAGUAGCUGGGACUACAGGUCUGCGCCACCACACCCAGCUACUUUUUGUAUUUCAGUAGAGAUGGGGUUUCACCAUGUUGGCCAGGCUAGUCUUGAUCUCUUGAGCUUGUGAUCCGCCCACCUUGGCCUCCCAAAGUGCUGGGAUUACAGGUUGGUUGCUGUUUUACAUAGUGACUGUUCAUUUACCCACCUGUUUACUCUUUUUGUUGCUCCUUCAUUCUCUCCUGCAAGUGUGAUCUUCCAUUUGGGAUCAUUUUCCUUCUGCCUGAGGCAGUUUAGUCUUUGCUUAGUGUGGGUCUGCGGUGGUGAGUUUUCUGUUUUUAUUCGUCUCACAGUAUCUUGAUUUUGCCUGCAUUCUUGAAAGGUAUUUUCACUGACUGCAGAAUUCUGGAUGGUGGUCCUAUUCUCUCGGCAUUGAAGAAGAUGCCAUUCCCUUAUCUUCUGGCCUCAGUCAAUUCUGUUGAGGCGUCUAAUUGUGACUCCUUUGAAGGUAACCGGCCCUUUUUCCCCUUAUGGUUGCUUAAAGAUUUCUUUUUCUCUUUGGUUUUCAAAAGCUUAGCCAUGCUAUGCUUUGGUGUAUUCUUUUUUUUUUUUUUUUUUUUUUUUUUUCUGAGAUGGAGUCUUGCUCUGUCGCCCAGACUGUAGUGCAGUGGUGUGAUCUCAGCUCACUGCAAUCUCCACCUCCUGGGUUCAAGUAAUUCUCCUGCCUCAGCCUCCCGAGUAGCUGGGAAUACAGGUGUGUGCCACCACACUCAGCUAAUUUUUUUGUAUUUUUAGUAGAGAUGGGGUUUCACCAUGUUGGCCAGGAUGGUCUCGAUCUCCUGACUUCAUGAUCCACCUGCCUCAGCCUCCCAAAGUGUGGGGAUUACAGGCGUGAGCCACUGCACCGGGCUGACAUAUUCUUUUUAUCCUGUUUGGGGUUCAUAGGCUUCUUGAAUCCAAGGCUUGAUGCUUUCCUGUCAAGGACUGAUCAGGAGACAGAGAGUAAUUUUUAACAGGAAAAGGUUAAUAUAAAGAAUAAUUCAAAGAGAAGAGAAACUGUGGAUGCUAACAAAUACUCUAGGGCUGCAGGUGAGCACCCAAGAGGAAGAACUUAUCCAUGGCUGGGAUUGAGAAGUCACCGGAGGUGUGGGUGCAUUCAAAGCCAGGUGAGUUCUGGACUGUCCUCUUUUCCCCUUCACUACACUUUUGUCUGAAGUGCUGCUCAGUUUCUCAGCCACCUAGUCUGGAAUUGUCAGACGUCUGACGUCCUUAACAUUACCUGGCUCACGAUGUCAGGCCUCCCUCCCGUGUCUCUUUCUGAAUCCUGGCCCAGUAAUUCCUCCUUCUCUCCUAGCUCUCUGAUGACUUCAGGCAGGGUUAUAUUAUAUUAUAAUGUUUUAUUUUAGUUUUUGAGACAAAGUUUCACUCCUGUGGUGCAGGCUGGAGUGUAGUGGUGAGAUCUCAACUCACUGCAACCUCCGCCUCCCAGGUUCAAGCAAUUCUCUUGCCUUAGCCUCCCAAGUAGCUGGGAUUACAGGUGUGUGCCACCAUGCCUGGCUAAUUUUGUAUUUUUUCAGUAGAGAUGGGGUUUCACCAUGUUGGUCAGCCUGAUCUUGAACUCCUUACCUCAAGUGAUCCACCUGCCUCAGUCUUCCAAAGUGCUGGCAGGGUUUUAAAAUCUGAUCAAGCUUUCCUAGCAAGACAGAUGGGUGGAAUUGCCCCAUCUGCCGUUACCAGAGUAGAAAUUCUUUCUGAACACAUUUUAGAAUUAACUUCAUCAAGGACCACACAGUCCUUCUGGGAUUUCCUUUGGAAUAGUUUUGAAUUUAUACAUUAUCUGGGGGAGAAGUGACAUCUUUACAGAAGUUGGCUGGGCAUGGUGGCUCAUGCCCUGUAAUCCCAGCACUUUGGGAAGCCAAGGCAGGUGGAUUACUUGAGCCCAGGAGUCUGAAAUCAGCCUGGGAAACAUGACAAGACCUGUCUCUACUAAAAAUACAAAAAAAAAAAAAAAAUUAGCUGGACAUGGUGCCGUGCACCUGUAGUCCCAGCUACUGGGGAGGCCGAGGUGGGAGGAUCGACUGAGCCCAGGAAUGUGAGGCUGCAGUUGAGCCAAGAUUGCACCACUGUACUGCAGCCUGAGUGACAGGAGUGAGACCCUGUCUCAAAAAACUAACAAACAAAACCACCAAAAAACUCCCAGAAAGUUAAAUUUCCUAUCCACAAACAUUCACAUCUCUCAAUUUAUUAAGGUUUUUUUUUAAUGCUUUUUAAUACAAUGUUACCAUUUUUCCUAUAAAGGUUUCAUACAUCUUUUGCUGGUGUUAUGUCUAGGACCUUAAGAUUUGUGAUGCUGGUAUAAACAGGGGCCUUUAAGAAUUACAUUUUUUGCAGCUGGGUGUGGUGGCAUGUGCCUGUAAUCUGAGUUACUUGGGAGGUUCAGGUGGGAGGAUUGCCUGAGCUCAAAAGUUUGAGGCUGCAGUGAGCCAUGAUCACACUCCAGCCUGGGCAACAGAGAAAACAAACUAAAAUCCUCACGAAAAAAAGGAUUACGUUUUCUGAUUGCUCAUUGAUUGUAUAUAGGAAUGUCUUUUUUUUUUUUUUGAGACAGGGUCUCACUCUGUGGCCCAGGCUGGAGUGCAGUGGCGUGAUCGAGCUUACUGCAACCUCUGCCUCCCAGGUUCAAGCAAUGCUCCUGCCUCAGCCUCCCAAGUAGCUGGGAUUACAGGCCCCCACCAUUACAUCCAGCUAGUUUUCUGUAUUUUUAAUAGAAACGGAGUUUCACCAUAUUGGGUAGGCUGGUCUCGAACUCCUGACCUGGUGAUUCGCCUGCCUCAGCCUCCCAACGUGCUGGGAUUACAGGCAUGAGCCACUGCACCUGGCCAGGAAUAUGUUUAACUCUAUCUGGUUGUAUAGCUAGCGACCUCGAUAGAUUUUCUGGUUUAUCUCUUAGUUCUUUUUUCUUACAACGUUGGCAAGGAUCCCCAGUACAAUGAAUAGACAAGGUGUUAGUGGGAUCUUUCUUUCUGAUUUUAAAAGAAGCACUUUGAAUAUUUCACAAUUACGCAUGUCUAUAUAGGAUUUUGGAAGGUAACCUUUAUCAGAUUAAAGAGGCUUUCUAUUUCUAGUUAACAAAAAGGUUUUUUUUUUGGCCAGCCUCGGUGUCUUGCACCUGUGAUCUCUACACUUUGGGAGGGCAAGGUGGGUAGAUCGCUUGAGCUCAAGAGUUCAAGACCAGCCUGUCCAACAUGGUAAAACCCAGUCUCUAUAAAAAAUACGAAAAUUAACUGAGUGUGGCAGUGGGUGUCUGUAGUCCCAGCUACUCGGGAGGCUGAGGUGGAUCGCUUGAGCCUGGGAGGUUGAGGUUGCAGUGAGCCAAGAUUGUGCCACUGCACUCCCGCGUAGGGGACAAAAGUAAAACCCGAAAUUUUUAUUAUUCAUAAUAAAAAUAAUGGAUGGAUUUUAACAAAGGCUGUUCUGUGACUACUGCAGUGAUUCUAUGGCUUUCUUCCUUUAAUUUGUUAAUGUGGUACAUUUGGGGGAAGUGAGGCCAUGCCGUGAAAAUAAACCCUGAAGUCUCCAUGGCUUCAUUUUUUCAUUCACAUCAAGCAAACACAGCCAGGAUGAGUGGGGUGGUCCCUGUCCAGGCUCUCCCCAUUUGGGGCUCUGCCAUCUCAACACCCAGACUCCAGGGGUACUGGGGGCAGGAAAGAGUAAGUAUGAACCUGCACAACAGUCCUUAAAUGCCCACGGCACAGUGACACGUGUCUGCCUCUCAGAUCUCAGGCAGGGGGCUGGGAAGUGUAGUCCUGUGUGCCCAAGAAGGAGACGCAAACCAGGUGUGGAGCAGCAGCGUCUAGCAUGGGAUCAGUGACAUUCAUUAACUGGUUGAAAUUAUUACAUCCUUGCAUUUUUGAGAUAAGCUCAACUUGGUCAGGAAGAACGGUUAUGCGUUUCUGGUUUGGGGUUGCUAAGAUGAUUUUAUAAGUUUUGUAUCAGUAUUCACAAAUUGGACUGACUUGUAAUUACCUUGUACCAUUCUUGUCUUGAUUCAAUGUCAAGGUUAUAUUCUGUUCAUAAAACAAGUUGUUGGUCUGGGCACAGUGGCUCACGCCUGUAAUCCCAGCACUUUGGGAGGCCGAGGCGGGUGGAUCAUGAGGCCAAGAGAUCGAGACCAUCCUGGUCAACAUGGUGAAACCCCGUCUCUACUAAAAAUACAAAAAUUAGCUGGGCAUGGUGGCACGUGCCUGUAAUCCCAGCUACUCAGGAGGCUGAGGCAGGAGAAUUGCCUGAACCCAGAAGGC